CGGCAAUUCGAAUUUGUUUCAAUACGACAUUUCUUUAUUUUCUCGGGUUGCUCUGCCCUUCCCCAUUUUCCGUCGAUCGUGCGAAACCCUCGCGAUCUUCACCCUCCAUCGGGUGACCGGGUUCCGAGUCGCCGGGUGGUUGCCGACGGUGUCCUAUUGCUGGAAUUCUCGGUGGGUUCCUGUUGAUCGGCCCCGGGGUAGGGAGGAAUGGGUACAUUUUUCUGAGGAUUGGGCAACUGUAUUGUUGUCUUUGAACCUUGAUUGGAACUGCGUGUUCAAUGAAAUGAAUCAGCUGGGUGAAUAUUUUUGAUCAAGAUGUCAACCUAAGUUGGAGACGUUUUUAUGUUGAUGUGAAGUUUUUGCUGCUGUCUGUUUUGCACCAUGAAGGUGUUUUUUCUUUCCAGGAGGAUCAGCUGAUUCUUCAGCAGGGCUAUCUAUGCCUGUUGAUGAAACUAAUGACAAGGUCCAUAAUUUCUUUGAGCAAGAAAGCUUGUCUGGCGGAGUGUGUCAAUCCUAAUUUACAGGCAGUAGUCAUUCUCUGUUAAACAGCAACCCGUGGUUCAAUAGUUAGAGGCAAGGUUCGUUUCCUCAAUAUUGUCAUAUCAGUAGUGGUCAUCCAUCCGAUUUUGGGAAAGCGUGCCUUAAAAACGCCAAAUAUUUCUAACUUUCUCAACCAGUGUGGAAAGAUCAUCCUAGAAAUCUGAGUAGAAUUGUACAAGUCUGUCAAGGUCUUGUCUCUAGGCCCUGUCAAGCAAGGUCGCUAGAUUGAGAUUUAUCACCUGAUGUGUGUGACUGUGCAUUGAGUAAUAUCUCCAGAUCUGGAUCACAAAAGGUAUCUGAAAAUGUUUCUGGCAGCACAAGGCCUUCCAAAAGUGUGGAAUCUGCUGAUUUUGAUUUUCUUGGAAGACAAUGUCAACUUAUGAGGACUCAACAGCCAGGCAUGUCGCAGUCUCAAGCGAGGCCACUUCCAGGGUUUGGUGAUAUGAAGCUAUUGCAGCAACAAUAUUUCUACAAGCAGCUGCAGGAAAUUCGGCAGCGCCAGCUGCAGCAGCUUGAGCAUGAACCUGGACAGCAGAAUUCAGUAGGUCAGUUUUCUGCAUUUGCAAGACAAGCAGGUGGAGACCAGGCCACUGCUGUGGUUAAUGGCACCCCUAUGUAUGACACUUCCAACUAUAUGUGGUCGGGUGAGAGGAUGCCUCAAAGUGAUCCUAAGACAAGUAGUUCCCAGGCAUUUAUGCUGGGGAAUACAAACAUGGUUCGCACUGCUUCAUCUCUGCAGGGUUUUCAUAAUGGCCUUGUGCUUUCGCAGGAACAAGCACGUGCAAUUAAUUCAAUGGGUUUAAUGCCUCAACAGUUUGGUCAAUCCACAUAUGGUGCUUCUCUUGGUGGCAUAAGGGAAGCUUCUGGCAACUCUGCCAAUUCCUUCCCAAAUCUUCAGUGGGGUGCCCAAGAAAAUACUGAUAUGUUUACUAGGGCAACUGGGAACCAGAAUCAAAAGACAGGGAUGCAGUCUAAUGCCUUUGGUUCCUUCUAUGGUGAUCAAUCUGCUUCAUUUUCUGGUCAAGUGCCUGCCAAUGAUGGACUUUCUGUCUCUAAACAGAGCUUUCAUGGACGGAAUGUGUUUGGCCAGGUUUCUAAUGCCUUAGAAAGUGUAAAUAGUGGAAUGUGCUCUGGAAAUUUUCAGCAGAGUUCCUCAUUAAUGAGGGACAGUGCAAUGCAGGAAUUUCAGCGACAAGAGCAUGUUGGUUGGUUGGGGAACAUGGAGGAAAAGAUAGCUCCUCAGGCUGCUCCUCCACAGGGUUCAAUUGGCUUAGAUCCUUUGGAGGAGAAGAUCCUCUAUGGUGGUGAUGACCGUGUCUGGAGUCCUGCUGAUGGAGAACAACCCUUGUCAAAUUCUUUUAGUAGAGUUCGUAACAUGAGUGCAGGAAGUUUUGGACAAGGUAAUCAUUUGGAAGGUUCUGAAUCUUCUGAUUUCUUCAAUAUGUUCCCCUCUGUACAGAGUGGCAGCUGGAGUGCUCUUAUGCUGUCUGCUGUAGCAGAAGCUUCCAGCAGUGACACCAGGAUGCAGGAUGAAUGGAGUGGCUUAAGCUUUCAAAAGACUGAAGUUUCAACUGGGAAUCCUUCAGAGUUAAAUGACAAUGGGAGGCAGGGGGCAGGAUGGAAUGACCUUAACAUACAAGCUGCCAAUUCUUUGUCGUCAAAACCUGUUCAUUUAUUUGAUAAUGUUAACAUGACCUCCACUAGCAAGAGUGCAGGAUUUCAACAGGUGACACCUAAACUUGCUUUUGAGCACAGUGGACAGGCAAAUGUACACGGUGCUCAUGGAUUUCUGAACAAUGACCAUUCAUCUGAAUCACUUAGGAGAUCACCUAGAGAAGGCAGAUGGCUAGAGCAAAAUUCUGAAGAAAGGGCAAUGGUUGAUAGGACUGUGCGUACACCCUUAGCUUUGGGAAAUUCUUCUGAUGGUGCUUGGAGAAAUCAGACAUAUGGUCAGCAAGAGAGUGUACACCCUGAGGCCAUCAGUUUGAAUGCACUCAGCAUGCAAUCCACCUGGACUCAUCAACAGCAACCGAGCAUGGUUACUUAUCGAACAGAUGGGCAGCCCAGCAGCAAAAUGAAUGGUUGGAAUAUGAAUGAAUCUUUGCCUUCUGAUGGAGAUAACCUGCAAGAUGAUGCAAACAAUUUGCAAUCUUCACACAGUAAUGAGUCUAUUGUUGCAAUGCAAUUGGGAAGGGGUUGUGAUCUGUGGCAAACUGAUGAACGAGAAAGCAUGAGAAAAAAUGAGAAUCAGGGGUGGUCGUCUAUUCCAAAUUUGAGUGGGAGACUUGAACGAGCAAAAUCUCCUUCAGAUAGCCCUGAAGUACAACAUGAUGGUGUACGUGUAAAUCGUGCUUCUGGUUCUGUAAACAUUCCUCUGGAGAAGACACAGCGAGUGCCAGGUAGCUGUCACUUUGAUCCUUCUUCAAGUAGUAAUAUGGGGGCUGAUAAUAAUGUAGACAAGUACCAAUGCCAUCUUAAUCAAGGCUCAUUCACUAAUCACACUAGUAAGUUAGGUGAUUCACAUGAAAAUAGUAGGGAGAGAUGUUACCUGAACGUGACUCCUACUGAAGUUCAUGCUUCAAAUCAUUUUUGUCAUGGUCAACAAGCAGCAGCAGGAGAUUUUCUGGUGGACAAUACUUGGUCUUCUGCAAAGGAUUCUCCUAGCUUAGCUGCUGGAAGCCAGAAACCAUCUGCUUAUGUUAGAAAAUCUAGUACAGGGGGCCCUCGCAGGUUUUUAUAUCAUCCCAUGGGAGAGUUGGCCAUAGAUGCCCCACAACCGAGCACCUCGAAGCAUGAUAUGCAAUCUCAAGGACCGCAACAUGCUGCAAUUGGAGAGCAAAAAAUUCUGGAACUGGGGCAUAUGUCUCAUGCCAAAUCUGCUGGUGUUGCUAUUGCCAACGCCACUGCUAAUUCCGGGAAAGGUUUCUUUGGAAGCAAUUCACAGAGUUGGUCAAAGGGACCUGAAGAUGCACCUUCCAAUGCUGUUGGUUAUCUUGCUUCUCCUGCUUCUUCCGUUGAUGGACCUAUGAACUUUUAUCCACCAAAGGAAACAAGUCAAAAUAUGCUUGAGCUUCUUAACAAGGUUGAUCAUUCGAAUGCUGCAAAGCCCCUUGGUUCAUCUUCAUAUAGUCCAUCAUUAGAUGUGUCUGAAGCGGUCAUAUCAGGUCCAGCUUCAGGUCAUAUGAGAAGCAACCAAUCAUCCUCUUCACAAGGUUUUGGUUUACACCUUGCUCCUCCAUCUGCUGCAUCUGCAGUCCCAAAUCAUGUUUUCCCAUCUCGACAUGUGAACUCUGAUAAUUCUAGGAAUAUUAUGCCGGAAGCAGGCAAGGGGCAGACAUGGCUGCAUGGCCAGACCUCUAUGCGGAGUUUGCCACAUCCUUCUGAAAAGUCUCAGCAGGACAAUUCGUGUAAUAAGACUGCUGUGGCAGACGCAGGGCAUGAAUUCUCAUCAAUCGGCAACAGUGAUACAAGGUUGCAAUCUAGUAAAACCUUGAUAGAGACAGGAGGAUCACAUUACAUCCAUAAUCAGUUACUGUCUCAACAAAGCCCUUGUGUCAGUGGACAAGCUAUGGGGGAAGAAUCUACUGAUCUUGCUUACACAAGUCAGGUUUUAAACAGACAAGUGAAGCCUGAGUCUAGUUGUAGACAGAAUCAGGACCCUCAGGAUGGACGUUUAGUUGAACAACUAGUGCCAGCAUUACAGGCAGAGACUGCUGGCAAGCCCGCUCCUUUUGAUAGAAAUCCACGAGGGGAAACUGAUUUUACAUCUGGUCUACCAUUCUUUGCUAGGGAUAACAGUGUAACAAAUUCUCAAACCUUACCUUCAACGAGUGCAAACUCUUUCCACACAGAAAAUUCAAGUCGAUAUCAUACAUUGGGAUCAGCUUCAUUUAGUCAAUUUUCCAGUCAAAAAGGCAUUCUGCAGCCAAAUCGGUUCUCUCCAUUGUUGCAUAAUGCCUGGUCAAAUAUGUCAGCCCAAAGAAGCAUGCCAGGAGUUCCACAUAUGAUGUCAAGAGGUCCUCUUCAGCCUAUAAGUCCAACAACAACAUGGGUUGUUCAGGCAGUGAAUGAUCAGAACCUGAGAGAUAGAGGUGGAACCAGUGUUUCGGAACUUUGUCCAGGUUCUAAGAGUAUGACGCAUCUUCCUCCUAGAGAAGAUCAUCGGGGUAGGGAGAGUCCCUCACAGAGCAUUCCAUCAAACAGAGUGUUGCCAAUUGAGUCAUUUGGGCAUCAAAGGUUGUCAGGACCUCAUGUACAUCAGGUGAAUAAAAAUGGAGAGAAUCAAGGAAAUGAUAGCUCCCAACCUUCUAAGACAAGCGAUACAUCUCUCCAAAGUACUAUGGAGAACGGAGCUGGUUCACAACCAAGUUAUUCACUGCUCCACCAGAUGCAGGCCAUGAAGAAUUCAGAAAGUGACCCAAAUAAUGCAAUUAAAAGGCUUAGAGGAGAGAAUGAUGCUGAUGUUUCGCAAGUAGCUAGUAAAAUAGGACAAAGGAAUGUGUAUGGCUAUAGUGCUUCAAACAUCAACUUAACAGCAAAUUCCUCAAGAAUCUUGCAAGAUGCACCAUAUCCUGUACCAGAUGGCAAAAGUCUAAGUUGCUCUGUGGAGGAGAAUAAAAAUUGGAGUGCGAAUACCUCUGCUCAUAGUCUGUCCUCAAAUACUCAUCCACAAGAUAUGGCUGGAUCUGACAGAAACAAGUCACAGAACUAUCUUGCAAGCUGUUUUACUUUGACACCUCCCCAUCCCUCACUUAGAGGAGCAGGAUAUUCUCAUCCUAAUUCACCAAUGGCGAACUCUUGGUUUGAGCAGUUUGGUACCUACAAAAAUGGACAGUUUCUCACUACAUCUGAUCGAUUUGCUGUUCCACAAAAUUCUGCAAAAGCAGCUGCUCAGCAGUUUUUCUUUGGAAGGGUGUCUGAAAAUUCACGCUCACAUGCAAUUGUGGAGCAAAGAAGUUUCAGCGAUGUGAGUCAGCUUGGAUCUGUCACAACUAUGCCAAGCUCAACCACUGUGGUGGCAGCCAAGGAUCAUCCUUCUCUAGUUCAUAUGUCACAGCCAGAUGCGAAUAGUCAAGUGCAAGUCCUCAUGAAACAAAAGAAGCGUAAGACUGCUUCUUUGGAGGUUCUGCCAUGGCAUAAAGUGGUGACACAUACUUCCCGAAGUCUUCGAAGUAUAAGUUUUGCGGAGCUCCGGUGGGCAUCUGCCACAAAUCGACAAAGAGAAAAGAUCGAUGAUGAAGCUGAGAUGAUUGAUGAUAUGCUGCUGACACCUGGUCCUAGAAGAAGGAUAAUCUUCACCACACAGCUGAUGCAGCAAAUUUUUUGUCCUUUGCCGGCAGCACUUCUCUCUGCAGAUGCCAAUUCGAUGUAUGAAACAGCAACAUACAUUCUGGCUAAACUGUCACUAGGAGAUGCAUGUAGUCUUGUGUCCUCCUUGGUAGCUGCUGUACAAAAUGAUGAUAAGGAUAACAAGACAUCUGUGCAACCUGGCAGUUUUGGAAGGUUGACUGCACGCUGUCUGUCAGGACUUGUUGAAGGCUUUCUUGACAAGGCUGGGAAGUUGGAAAAUGACUUUUUGAGGUUGGAGAAGGGGCCUUCAUUGUUAGAUAUAAGAAUCGAAUGCCAGGACUUGGAGAGGUUUUCCAUCAUCAACCGUUUUGCGAGGUUCCACGGGAGAGGGCCAACAGAGGGAGCACCAGCAGAUAGAUCUGCUUCUGGUCCAUCCGCUGCUCCUUCAUCCUUUGAUUCUGGUAUUCUUGUGCCUAGAAAGUUAUCCCCACAAAGAUACGUGACUGCUGUCCCCAUGCCUAAAAAUCUACCGGAGGGGCUGCAAUGUCACUCACUUUAAUCAUUAAAUUAAUUGAUUUUUUCACCCCCUUCA